CAUCCGUUGCUGCGCAUGCGCCUCCGUUGCUGCGCAUGCGCCUUGGUGCGCAUACCCUUUCCCGAGCGUUCUGUGAGGAGCGUUGGGCCUGAGACGGGGAGAAAUAUGAGUGGGCAAGUGGCCUCAACAUUGGGACCUAUAGAUCAAGAUUCCUCCCAGCUGGAUGAACCUGUGGUUGACGAGCAGCCCAGUGUUGAGCAACCUCAACAAGAGGAACCACCAGCUGAGAUUCAGGAUAUCACACCUAGAAAGGAGGAAGAAGUACAUGGAGAGGAUCCAGUGAAUCGUGAUGAAGAAGAGGAGAAGGAUCCCUUUGAAGAUUCUGGCCUGGAAGCUGAUCUCCAGCAAUUGGCUUUGGCAAAGACUGGGGGUGAAGGUGGAGAUGGUCCUGAUGUCAGGGAGGAGUUUGCAUCAUAUACAGAGCCUGUUGAAGUGCCAGAAGCAGGUGAAGGGGAACCAUUUGCUUGAAAGAAGAUAAACAGAAACCAUCUAUGCUGCUCUUAUCUUCUGUAUUUGACUAUUAAAGUUCGGUCAAUAAAGUUGCAUUUUCUACUUGCA